GCCAGCGAUUCAACGACUCAAAUAUAGCACAUAAGUAGGACACAGUAUCUAGUCUGUACGCUGAGGACUCGAGACCCGGUGUGAUCUCUUGUGGUCGGCCCCGUUCUCGGUUGACAGCAUGACCCCGUCGACGAGGUGGAGCCCUCUGGUCAUCGCCAUCAUCGUCAGAGCAGCGUCCCUCUUCUACCUGCUGGUCGUCCAUCCCUUGACAGUAUCUCCCCAAGGUGCAUUCGACACAUCCACAUCGAUCCUACUCGCACUCUCCCCUACCGGAACGUCAGACACCUCGGACAAGCUCGCUAAAGCUCUCGAACCGUUUGUGAAAUGGGACAACCUCUACUUUGCCCAGAUCGCCGUCCGGGGGUAUCAACAUGAACAAGAACUGGCGUUCAUGCCCAUCUGGCCGCUGGUCAUGCGGUGGAGCGGGAUGGCCGUUCAGAAACUCAGGCUCCUACUAGCUGUAGGCUCAUCAACGCAAUAUGGAUCAUCGCAAACCGGUGCAUUACUGGGGAUCAACGAUGUCGUAUUGGGAGGGGUCAUUGUUACCAAUAUCGUGAGCGUCCUGAACGUGGUCGCCUUUCAGAAGCUCACGUACCGGAUCACCAAGAACCACCGCUACACCACCCUCUGCGCCAUCCUCUACGCCCUCCACCCAGCUCCUGCUAUCAGCUCGGUCCCAUACACCGAACCGUUUUAUACGCUGUGCACGUUUCUGGGGAGUCGGUUGGUCCUCCUCACAUCCGGCUCGAACUCAAGCUCGUCCCCGAACUCGUCGGAUCUUGGGCACCUCGAUGGGCCCACCUUCACCUCUGGUGUAAAUCUGAGAUCGAGGUUGAAGCGAGGCCGAUACGGGCCCACCAUCACACGUCGAAGGACCAAGCACCUCCUCCUCCGAACGCUAGGAAUCACCUGUCUAAUGCUCUCCAGCGGUACCCGAAGCUUAGGGGUCCUAAACAGUGUGCUCAUCGUCUGGCCACUCCUAGUACGGUUAUAUGAAUACCGUCUUCGGAGGGGUAUUUUCACCACGCUCCGCCUAGCUCUCUGGGCAGGGAUCGAAUGCAUACUGGUCGGCUCGCCCUUUGCGGCGUUGCAGUAUUACGCCUAUCGAGCGUUUUGCACGCCUUUCACAACCAGCCAGAUGUUGGGACAUCUACACGGAGAUGGAAAGCGAAAUCCAAGUUCAGAUCUGAAUUCAAAUCUGAUGCUGGCGAGGCGACCGUGGUGCGAAAAGAGAAUACCUUUGGCGUACAAUUACGUCCAGGAGCAUUAUUGGGACGUCGGGUUCUUACGAUAUUGGACUCCAGCGCAGUUACCUAAUUUCGUAUUGGUCGUUCCGAUCUUGGUAGCGUCCAUCUACGGGAUCUACCGGUACUGGCAGUUGGUCUUCCGUCGAUUUACACGCUCGAAGACAACCACGACAGUCUCCAGCUCCUCACAGUCCCGCCCAGCCUCAUCAAGAUCGAGAUCAAGAUCAAAGUCAGACAUAGACCUGGACCUGGACUUGGACUUGCAACUCCGCCAGACACUUUGGGAGAACCCCCAAACCGCCCCCUUUUUCCUGAUUCACACCCUCACGACCCUGAUCUUGGUAUUCGCUUCGCACACCCAGAUCGCGUUACGGGUGUCGAUGGGGAAUCCGGUCUUGUUCUGGAUCGUCGGGGCGUUCGUCUCCAGUUCAAGUUCAAAUUCUAGUCGCAAGUACAGAAGAGGAGGUGGAGGAGGUGGAGGAGGUGGAGGAAGAGGUCGGACGGCCAGAUGGGCUCGACGAGGGAUCGUAUGGAGCUGUACAUGGGGAGCCGUCAGCUUGGUCCUCUGGGCGGGGUUUUAUCCUCCUGCUUGACCGCUGUAUGGUCUAGCAGAUUCGAUGCAUAGAUGGAUUGAUAGAUGAAUGGACAGAUAGUUACUCUUUGAU